AUGGCUCCUGGAAUCGUGGACCCACCCCAAACGGCACCUACCUCGGAUUUUGCGAAGGCUUCUGUUGGACCAAAAGAGGCCUUCAUUGGUGGACCGCAAGUCUUCAACAAAACUGCAGAAGAGCAAGGCACUGAGAAACAACCUCCUGCGACCCAUCCAAAAUACCUACCCGUAUGGGACGCGGAUACCAUAUAUCCGCCUCUUGAGCCAUUCACGCAUUACGAGCAUGGCAAGGACGCCGAUCCCAUGUCUCCGGAAUUGUUUCACGAGGCCACUUCAGUCACCGAGCUGACACCAUCUACCGGCUCUGAAGUCCGUGGAAUCCAGUUGAGCGCUCUGACCAAACAAGGCAAAGACCAGUUGGCCCUCUUCACAGCGCAGAGGAAGGUUGUCGUAUUCCGCGACCAAGACUUAGCCGACCUUCCCAUCCGUGAAGCACUAGAUUUCGGCUCCUACUUCGGGCGCCUGCACAUCCAUCCCACUAGUGGCGCUCCUAAAGGCUACCCAGAAGUGCACCUGGUCCAUCGCGGUGCGGACGACAAUACUGCAAUGGGGCUUCUCAAAAGUAGGACCAAUACCGUCACCUGGCAUUCUGACGUGACGUAUGAGAACCAGCCACCUGGCACUUCGUUCCUCUAUGUUCUCGACACGCCUACGGCAGGCGGAGAUACUUUGUUCUCGAAUCAGGCUGAGGCGUACAAUCGUCUGAGUCCAGAGUUCCAAAAGAGGUUGCAUGGGUUGAGGGCAUUGCAUUCUGGACACGAGCAAGCCCAGAAUAGCAAGAGCCGAGGUAGUAUUGUGCGGAGGGAGCCAGUGACUUCAGUACAUCCAGUGAUCCGUACACAUCCCGCUACUGGCGAGAAAGCGAUUUAUGUGAACCCGCAAUUCACUCGCCACAUCGUCGGGUACAAGCAGGAAGAGAGUGACUUCCUGCUGAAGUUCCUAUACGACCAUAUCGCCCUGGGCCAGGACUUCCAGGCCCGAGUCAAAUGGGCACCCAGGACUGUAGUUGUCUGGGAUAACCGCGUGACGGCUCACUCUGCAACGCUCGAUUGGGCGAACGGCCAGCGGCGUCAUCUGGCAAGAAUUACUCCACAGGCUGAACGUCCGACAGAGACUUCAUUCGAGGCUCAUCCGGAGAAGGGUAGCGAGUUGACCGAGAACCUUGUGAAUGGAAAGAAUGGAGUGGCGACCUAG